AUGCCAGGAAGGGUCCUUGAGAGUAAAUUAUUCAUUGCGACAUUGGUAGAUGACGGAAUCUCGAUGGGAGAUGAGCCACAUAUGCCUUUGAGGAUAAAUUCUCAUAAUAAUGUUGUUGUUGAGCGAAGCGCUCGGAUCGACGAAAGGGGCUUCUUGGAAAAUCAGCGGAAAAUCAGCGGAGCAUCAGCCAAUGCCAUGUCCAAACAAUCAACAAUCGACCUCAUCGCCCGGAGACUGCGAGGCUGGGUGGCACCGAGACGCUUCUCAGCCACACCAUCAGCCCCUCUUAGCCAGGCGCUUGCCACGAUGCCAACGAUGCCACGAUCCCAGACCAAACCAGCGACGAUCUGCUCUCGAGUCAAGCAGCCGGAACAAAAAAUCCGUAGAAUGGAGUGGCCCUAA